AUGGGUGAGUGGAGGCCACCCCCUUCCACCCCGUCCCGGUGCUGUUCGGGAGCAGAGGUGAGAGCCUGGGGCCGGGUGGUGAAGGAGGAGAUCUCUGAGGACAACGCCAAACUGCCCUGCUUCAAUGGCCGGGUGGUGUCCUGGCUGGUACUGGCUGAGGGCUCCCACUCGGAUGUGGGGUCCCAGGGCACUGACAGCCACACGGACCUCCCCCCACCCCUCGAGCGGACAGGUGGCAUCGGGGACUCCCGGCCUCCCUCCUUUCAUCCAAAUGUGGCCAGCAGCCGUGAUGGGAUGGAUAAUGAGACGGGCACCGAGUCCAUGCUCAGUCAUCGGCGGGAGCGAGGCCGGCGCCGGAACCGCGAUGAGGCGGCCCGGACCAAUGGGCACCCAAGGGGGGACCGGCGGCGGGACUUGGGGCUACCCCCAGACAGCGCGUCCACUGCACUUAGCAGUGAGCUUGAGUCCAGCAGCUUCAUCGACUCUGAUGAGGAGGACAACACAAGCCGGCUGAGCAGCUCCACCGAGCAGAGUACCUCCUCGCGGCUCAUCCGGAAGCACAAGCGCCGGAGGCGGAAGCAGCGCUUGAGGCAGACAGACCGGGCGUCCUCCUUCAGCAGCAUCACCGACUCCACCAUGUCCUUGAACAUCAUCACUGUCACGCUCAACAUGGAGAGACACCACUUUCUGGGCAUCAGCAUCGUGGGCCAGAGCAAUGACCGGGGCGACGGCGGCAUCUACAUCGGCUCCAUCAUGAAGGGCGGGGCUGUGGCCGCGGACGGCCGCAUCGAGCCCGGAGACAUGCUGCUGCAGGUGAACGAUGUCAACUUUGAGAACAUGAGCAACGAUGAUGCCGUGCGGGUGCUGCGGGAGAUCGUGUCCCAGACAGGGCCCAUCAGCCUCACAGUGGCCAAGUGCUGGGACCCAACGCCUAGGAGCUACUUCACCAUCCCGAGGGCUGACCCUGUGCGGCCAAUUGACCCUGCUGCCUGGCUGUCGCACACGGCCGCACUGACAGGCGCCCUGCCCCGCUACGGUACGAGCCCCUGCUCCAGUGCCGUCACCCGCACCAGCUCCUCCUCACUAACCAGCUCAGUGCCUGGCGCCCCACGUAAGUGGCAGCUUGGGAGGACCCGGCAGGAG